ACAAUCCGGUGAUAGAAACAAGAGAGUCUUCUGGACUAACUGCAGGCAAAACUUUAUCCUAUUUGAGGGGUUGAGUGGAAGGAAUGGGUCAAAUAAGCAGGGGAAGAUAUGUUUUCGUGUUGGUGGUUAUAUUGGUCAUGGGCCUUGGUGUUGUGAUGGGAGUAGCCCCGAAGAAGCCAGUAGCAGUGCCGUUUGGGAAGAACUAUAUGCCUACCUGGGCAUUCGACCACAUUAAGUACUUCAAGGGUGGUUCACAUAUUCAGUUGUCACUGGACAAAUACAGUGGGACUGGUUUCCAAUCCAAGGGUUCUUACCUUUUCGGCCACUUCAGUAUGCAAAUUAAAAUGGUUCCAGGAGAUUCUGCCGGCACCGUCACUGCUUUUUAUUUGUCGUCUCAAAACUCGGAACAUGAUGAGAUAGAUUUUGAGUUCUUAGGGAACAGGACAGGGCAACCAUACAUCCUACAAACAAAUGUAUUCACGGGGGGUAAGGGUAAUAGGGAGCAACGUAUCUAUCUAUGGUUUGAUCCUACCAAAGCUUACCACUCAUACUCCGUUUUGUGGAAUCUCUACCAGAUAGUCUUCUUUGUAGAUGAUGUUCCUAUCAGAGUGUUCAAAAAUAGCAAAGACUUGGGGGUCAAAUUCCCUUUCAAUCAACCCAUGAAGAUAUAUUCAAGCCUAUGGAAUGCAGAUGACUGGGCAACCAGGGGUGGAUUGGAGAAGACUGAUUGGUCCAAGGCACCCUUUGUGGCUGCCUACAAGAACUUCCAUAUUGAUGGUUGUCAAUCCUCCGUGAAUGCCAAGUCUUGUGCAACCCAAGGCAAACACUGGUGGGACCAAAAGCAAUUUCAAGAUCUUGAUUCUUACCAAUGGCGUCGUCUUCGAUGGAUUCGUAGAAAAUUCACCAUCUAUAACUAUUGUACUGAUCGUAAACGGUUUUCCAUCAUGCCCCGUGAAUGCAAAAGAGACCGUGACAUCUAACCAAUAACCAUAUUUACCUUUAUAU